AUGCAGUACACUAAGAUCCUGGUCGCGGCCACCCUCUUCCUAUCCAGUGCGCUCGCGGCACCCCUGGACGUCGAAGCUCGCGCAUGUGCCUACACCUGCGGAUCCGUCUGCUAUACUAGCAGUGCCGUUAGCGCCGCCCAAGCUGCUGGAUACAAGCUCUACAAGGCCGGCGAUGAUGCCAAUGAUUACCCCCACGUCUACAACAACUACGAAGGUUUCGAUUUCUCCGUGCCGAAGACCUACUACGAGUUCCCUAUCAUGUCAAGUGGAAAUGUUUACACUGGUGGUUCGCCUGGUGCGGACCGUGUUAUCUUCAACACUAAUGACCAGCUCGCCGGUGUUAUUACCCACACUGGUGCUAGUGGUAAUAACUUUGUGUCAUGUUAG